AUGACCAGGACCACAUCUCAGAGUACUCCCAGCUUGACUUCUUCCAUCACCACAGCUGAGACCACCUCAUACAGUAGUCCCAGCUUCCCUUCUUUAAUCACUAUCACUAAGUCCACAUCCCACAGUACUACCAGCUUCAAUUCUUCAAUCACCACCACUGAGACGAACUUACACAGUACUCCCAGAUUCACUUCUUCAAUCACUACCACUGAAACCGCCUCACACAGUACUCCCAGCUUCACUUCUUCAAUCGCCACCACCAAGGCCACCUCACACAGUACUCCCAGCUUCAUUUCUUCAAUCACCACCACUGAGACCACCUCACACAAUACUCCCAGCAUCACUACUUCAAUCAGCACAACCGCGACCACAUUCCACAGUACUCCCAGGUUCACUUCCUCAGUCGCCACCAUGGAGACCCCCUCACACGGUACUCCCAGCUUCACAUCUUCAAUCACCAGCACUGAAACCACCUCACACCGUAGUCCCAGCUUCACUUCUUCAAUUACCACAACCGAGACCCCCUCACACAGUACUCCCAGCUUCACUUCCUCAAUUACUACUGCUGAGACCACCUCACGUAGGACUUCCAGCUUCACUUUUUCGAUCACCAACACCAAGACCACCUCACACAGUACUCCCAUCUUCACUUCCUCGAUCAUCACCAAGACCAGCUCACACAGUUCUCCCAGUGUCACUUCUUCAAUCACCACCACCGAGACCACCUCACACAAUACUCCCAGCUACACUUUUUCGAUUGCCACCAUGAAGAACACCUCACAGAGUACUCCCAGCUUCACUUCUUCUAUCAUUACCAUGGAGUCCAUACCACACAGUACUCCCAGCUUCACUUCUUAUAUCACUACAAACAAGACCAUACCACACACUACUCCCAGCUUGACUUCUGCUAUCACUACCACCAAGACCACCUCAAACAGUAUUCAAGGUUUCACUUUUUCGAUCACCCCCACCGAGACCACCUCACACAGUACUCCCAGGUUCACUUCAACCGCUGCCACGGAGACCACCUCACACCAUAUUCCCAGCUUCAAUUCUGUGAUCGCCACCUCCGAGACCAACUCACACAGUGCUCCUAGCUUCAGUUCUUUGAUCGCCAACACCGAGACCACCUCACAGAGUACUCCCAGCUUCACUUCUCUGAUUGCCACCACCGAGGUCACCCCACGGACUACUCCCAGCUACACUUCUGCAAUCACCAACACCGAGACCACCUCACACAGUACUCCCAGCUUCACUUCUUCGAUCGCCACUGAGUCCACAUCCGCCAGUACUGCCAUCUUCACUUCUUCCAUCACCACCACCGAGAUCACCUCCAACAGUACUGCCAGCUUGACUUCUUCAAUGACCACCACCGAGACCACCUCACACAGUACUCCCAGCUUCACUUCUUUGAUCACCACCACUGAGACCACAUCCCAUAGUACCCCCAGCUUGACUUCUUCGAUCACCAGCACCGAGACCACAUCCCACAGUACUCCCAGCUUGACUUCUUCGAUCACCACCACUGAGACUACAUCACACAGUACUCCCGGCUUCACUUCUUCAAUCACCAUCACCGAGUCCAUAUCCUACAGUAAUCCCAGCUUCAAUUCUUCCAUCACCACCACUGAGACCACCUCACACCAUACUCCCAACUUCCCUUCUUCAAUCACAAACACCCAGACCACGUCACAGAGUACUCCCAACUUCACUUCUUCAACCACCACCACCAAGACCACCUCACGCAGUACUCCCAGCUUCACUUCUUCAAACACCACCACCGAGACGACCUCACACAGUACCCCUAGCUUCACUUCUUUGAUAACCACUACUGAGACCACCUCAUACAGUACUCCCAACUUCACUUGUUUGAUCACCACCACCAAGUCCACCUCAUACAGUCCUCUGAGCUUCACUUCUGUGAGUGCCACCACAGAGACCACCUCACACAGUACUCCCAUCUUCACUUCUUCCAUCACCACCACCGAGAGCACCUCACACAGUACUCCCAGCUUCACUUCAUCGAUCACCACCACCGAGAUCACCUCACACAGUACUCCCAGCUUCACUUCUUUGAUCACCACCACUGAGACCCUAUCACAUAGUACUACCAGCUUGACAUCUGCGAUCACCAAUACUGAGACCAUAUCACACAGUAUUCCAGGCUUCACUUCUUUGAUCACCACCACAGAGACCACAUCACACAGUUCUCCCAGCUUCACUUCUUUGAUCACCAACACCAAGACUACGUCAUACAGUCCUCCAGGGUUCACUUCUUCAAUCCCCACCACUGAGACCACCUCACACAGUCCUCCAGGCUUCACUUCUUCAAUCACUACCACCGAGACCACCUCACACAGUACGUCCAGCUUGACUUCUUCAAUCACCACCAAGAAGACCACUGAGAGCCCCUCACACAGCUUCACUUUUUUGAUCCCCACCACUGAGACCACCUCACACAGCCCUCCCAGCUUCACUUCUUCGAUCACUACCAUUGAGACCCCCUCACACAGUACUCCCAUUUUCACUUCCUCGAUCGCCACCACCGAGAGCACCUCACACAGUACUCCCAGCUUCACUUCAUCGAUCACCAGCACCGAGGCCAUCUCACACAGUACUCCCAGCUUCAGUCCUUUCAUCACCGCCACCGGGACCACAUCUCACAGUACUCCCAGCUUAACUUCUUUGAUCACCAUCACCAAAUCUACCUCACAGAAUCCUCCGAGCUUCACUUCUGUGAUUGCCACCACAGGGAUCACCUCACGCAGUACUCCCAUUUUCACUUCUUCGUUCACAUCCACCGAGAGCACCUCACACAGUACUCCCCCCUUCACUUUUUCGAUCACCAGCACCAAGACCGCAUCACACAGUACUCCCAGCUUCACUUCCUUGUUCACCACCAUCGAGACCACAUCCCAUAGUACUCCCAACUUGACUUUUUCGAUCACUACAACCAGGACCACCUCACACAGUACUCCCAGCUUCACUUCCUUAAUCACCAUCACCGAGUCCACAUCCCACGGUACUACCAGCUUCACUUCUUCAAUCACCACCACUGACAACACCUCACACAGUAUGCCCAGCUUCACUUCCUCAAUCGCCACCACUGAGAUCGUCUCACACAGUACUCACAGCUUCCCUUCUUCAAUCACAAACACUGAGACCAUAUCACACAGGACUCCCAGCUUCACUUCUUCGAUUGCCACCACCGAGACCACGUCACACAAUACUCCCAGCUUCACUUCUUCGAUCGCCACCACCGAGAUCACCUCACACAGUUUUCCCAGCUUCCCUUCUUCAAUCACGAACACUGAGACCACAUCACACAGGACUCCCAGCUUGACUUCUGCAAUCACCACCACUGAGACCAUGUCACACAGUAUUCCAGGCUUCAUUUCUUCAAUCACCACCACCGAGACUACCUCACACCUUCCUCCCAGGUUCACUUCUUUGAUCACCACCACCGAGACCACCUCACACAGUCCUUCCAGCUUCACUUCUUUGAUCACCAGCACCGAGACCACCUCACACAGACCUCCCAGCUUCACUUCUUCAAGCACCACCACUGAGACCCCUUCACAGAGUACUCCCGGCUUCUCUUCUUCGAUUGCCACCUCCAAGACCACCUCAACCAGCCCUCCCAGAUUCACCUUGGCAAUCGCCACCACAAAGACCACCUCGCACAGUACUCCCAGGUUCACUUCUGUGAUUGCCAGCACCAAGACCACCUCACACAGCACUCCCAAUUUGACUUCUCUGAUCACCACCACCAGGACCAGCUCACACAGUACCCUUGGCUUAAGUUCUUCAAUCACCACCACCGAGACAACCUCACAAAGUACUGCCAGCUUCACUUCUUCGAUUGCCACCACCGAGACCACAUCACACAAUACCCCCGGCUUCACUUCUUCGACUGCCACCACCGAGAUCACCUCACACAGUACUCCCAGCUUCACUUCUUCAAUCACCACCACGGAGACAACCUCACAGAGUUCUCCCAGCUUCACUUCUUUGAUCACCAUCACUGGGUCCACAUUCCACACUACUGCCAGCUUCACUUCUUCAAUCACCACCACUGAGAGCACCUCACACGGGCCCUCCAAGCUUCACUUCUGUGAUCGCCACCACAGGGAUCAUCUCACACAGUACUCCCAUUUUCACUUCUUCGAUCGCCACUACCGAGAGCACCUCACACAGUACUCCCAGCUUCACUUCUUCAAUCACCACCACGGAGACAACCUCACAGAGUUCUCCCAGCUUCACUUCUUUGAUCACCGUCGCUGGGUCCACAUCCCACAUCCUCCCAGCUUCACUUCUUUCAUCGCUACCACCGAGUCCACCUCACACAGUCCUCUGAGCUUCACUUCGGUGAUCACCACCACAGAGACCACCUCACGCAGUGCUCACAGCUUCAAUUCUUCGAUCGCUACUGCUGAGACUAACUCACACAGUCCUCCAGGCUUCACAUUUCCCAUCACCACUACCGAGACCACCUCACACACUCCUCCCAGCUUCACUUCUUUGAUCACUACCACCGAGACCCCCUCACACAGUACUCCCAUUUUCACUUCUUCGAUCGCCACCACUGAGACCACAUCCCAUAGUACUCCUAGCUUCAGUUUGAUCACCAUGACCAGGACCACAUCUCAGAGUACUCCCAGCUUGACUUCUUCCAUCACCACAGCUGAGACCACCUCAUACAGUAGUCCCAGCUUCCCUUCUUUAAUCACUAUCACUAAGUCCACAUCCCACAGUACUACCAGCUUCAAUUCUUCAAUCACCACCACUGAGACGAACUUACACAGUACUCCCAGAUUCACUUCUUCAAUCACUACCACUGAAACCGCCUCACACAGUACUCCCAGCUUCACUUCUUCAAUCGCCACCACCAAGGCCACCUCACACAGUACUCCCAGCUUCAUUUCUUCAAUCACCACCACUGAGACCACCUCACACAAUACUCCCAGCAUCACUACUUCAAUCAGCACAACCGCGACCACAUUCCACAGUACUCCCAGGUUCACUUCCUCAGUCGCCAGCAUGGAGACCCCCUCACACGGUACUCCCAGCUUCACAUCUUCAAUCACCAGCACUGAAACCACCUCACACCGUAGUCCCAGCUUCACUUCUUCAAUUGCCACAACCGAGACCCCCUCACACAGUACUCCCAGCUUCACUUCCUCAAUUACUACUGCUGAGACCACCUCACGUAGGACUUCCAGCUUCACUUUUUCGAUCACCAACACCAAGACCACCUCACACAGUACUCCCAUCUUCACUUCCUCGAUCACCACCACCGAGACCACCUCACACAGUACUCCCAGCUUCACUUCUUUGAUCACCACCACUGAGACCACAUCCCAUAGUACCCCCAGCUUGACUUCUUCGAUCACCAGCACCGAGACCACAUCCCACAGUACUCCCAGCUUGACUUCUUCGAUCACCACCACUGAGACUACAUCACACAGUACUCCCGGCUUCACUUCUUCAAUCACCAUCACCGAGUCCAUAUCCUACAACCACGUCACAGAGUACUCCCAACUUCACUUCUUCAACCACCACCACCAAGACCACCUCACGCAGUACUCCCAGCUUCACUUCUUCAAACACCACCACCGAGACGACCUCACACAGUACCCCUAG